AACAAAACGAGAUCUAACUCAUUAGUAUGAGAAUAGUUGAAUCGAUUUGAGCUCAGAGAAUCAAUAAUGCAGAGCAAAAUUGAAGUGCUUCUCAUGGUUCAAUUAACGAUCUCAGUGAUUCUCUGGUCCGACCCGGUCUUAUCUGAUCCUCAAACGAAAUUCCUGAACAGUAGAUGCAGCCCAUACAAUUCGACCAACCCAUCGGCCUUCUUCGCCAGCCUCAACGCCACCUUCCCGGACCUCCGUAACCAGCUCGCCGGUUCAAAUAACGUCCGGUUCGCAACGUCUCAACAUGGCCGGUCAAGCCCAUUGUACGGCAUGGCUCAGUGCAGGGAUUACCUAUCCACCGCCGAUUGCCUUGCUUGCUUUGACACCGCUGUGAUUCGCAUCAGGAACUGUUCCAUGGCUGACGGUGCUCUCAUUAUUUUUGACGGCUGCUUCUUACGGUACAAAAGCAACUAUUUCUUCGAACAAACAAUCAGCCCAGGAAAUACAGCCAUAUGUGGGACCAAAAACGCAACUGAUGAGAACGAUUUUGGGAUCACGGCCAAAACACUUUUGACCAAUAUCGUAACUGUGACUCCACGAAUUCAAGGCUACUUUGCGGCAGUGAAGGAGAAUACAACUAGUUCCGGUAAUGGUUCAGUGUAUGCUGUGGCCCAGUGUGUACAUACGGUGAGUGAAAGCGGGUGUAGAGAUUGCUUAUCUGUAGCGCAUCAAAAUAUACAUAUCUGUGUUCCAGUGUCCGAUGGGAGGGCUGUGGAUGCCGGCUGCUUUAUUAGGUACUCUGCCACUGCAUUCUUUGCAAACAACCAAACAACAGAUAUCAUGCCCUUCUUGAUUACGAAAGGAAAAUCAAGUAAGAAAAAGGCCAUUAUUGGGGGUAUUGUUGGAGGGGUAGGCUUUCUAUUGCUUCUCACUUUAUUCUUUAUAUUCCUAGUCCGAUCUAAAAAGGCCAAGCAAGCCGAUAAAGUUGAUAUACUAGGAGCUACGGAGCUCAGGGGACCAGUGAGUUUCGCUUACAGAGAUUUAGAAAAAGCAACUGGAGAUUUUUCUCAAGAGAAUAAGCUUGGAGAAGGAGGCUUUGGAGUUGUCUACAAGGGGGUUCUGAAAAAUGGAAAAACAGUUGCAGUCAAGAAACUUACAAUUGGUCAAUCCAGUAGAGCAAAGGCGGAUUUCGCUAGCGAAGUGAAGCUUAUAAGCAAUGUUCGUCAUCGAAAUGUUGCCCGUCUUCUUGGUUGUUGUAGCAAAGGCCCAGAACUGCUGCUUGUUUAUGAAUACAUGGCUAACAGCAGUCUCGAUAAAUUAUUAUUUGGUGAAAAACGUGGGACCCUUAACUGGAAACAGAGGUUUAACAUAAUUGUUGGCAUGGCAAGGGGUCUUGCCUAUCUACAUGAGGAGUUCCAUGUAUGUAUCAUACAUCGAGACAUAAAAUCUAGUAAUAUACUGUUGGAUGAUGAUUUCCAGCCCAAAAUUGCGGAUUUUGGGCUUGCAAGAUUUCGGCCAGGGGAUCGGAGUCAUCUAAGCACUGGAUUUGCUGGAACCCUGGGUUACACAUCACCAGAGUAUGCAAUUCAUGGGCAGCUGUCUGAGAAGGUUGACACUUACAGUUAUGGUGUGGUUGUUCUUGAAAUCAUAAGUGGUCGAAAGAGCAAUGACUUAAAGCUUGAGCCUGAAACUCAAUACCUCCUUGAAGGGGCAUGGAAGCUGUACGAGGAUGACAAAUUGAUAGAUUUGGUGGAUAAAAGCUUAAGCCCUAAUGAAUAUGAACCAAAUGAGGUAAAGAAAAUUAUAGAGAUAGCUCUCCAAUGCACCCAGUCCUCAGUUGCAUCAAGACCCACAAUGUCUCAAGUUGUUGUCAUGCUGUUAAGCAAGGGGGGACAACCAGAGGUCAGGCCAACCAGACCUUUAUUCAUUGAUGCUACUAGUAGGGUUCGUGGAGAUAAAUCCACUUCUACUUGGUCAUCUGCAUCAAAUGCCACAGCUUCAACCACCCAAGUGUCAGGUCGUUGAAAUACAAGCCAAAUUUUGAAGUAGAUAUGAAGACAUUGCAAUGCAUUUGCUUGAAAUGUAUUAACUUAGUCAUUAUAUCUCAAGUUUUGGAUGUAAAAAGUGAAUAAUUGAAUAAUUUGCUUUAGAUGACAAACACAUGAAGGUUUAAUACCCUUUUGACAUGAAUUUUACAUUUCUUUGCUCA